AUGCUAGGAUCGCUCUUGGGGUUGGCUACUUCGACAUUGGGCGGCGGAAAUCCCAGUGUUGUGGAGAAAGGCGAUGCUGGUUCUCCUGGAUCCGUGCAGACGACCACACCGCUCAGUUCACCAGGUAUUGGCUCUGAAGAAGUAGAGAAGGGAUCCAACUCACCCCAGCCAUCUUGGACUCCAGCGUACCAGAGUCCUCCGCCUGUCAAGGCCAAGUACAAGCCCGAGGAAGCGCUCGACGAUCUCCCCGGGGUUUGCUAUGCUCUCCAACUAUUCCUGGAGUCCCAUAUGUUGGAAGCGGAGGAGUACUGUCAUAAGAACGAUAAGAAGAAGGAACGACUCUAUUUUGCGACUGGGUUCGGUCUCAUCCAAUGCGUCAAGGGGUUAAUGUCGUACGAGGACGACGACCUCGUCGCCGGCCUUGCACACACCAGACAAGGAAACCACAUCGCCGACCUCCAUCGCAAGAAACAAGCCUUCCUCGGGUCUCGUGUCGCUGGAUAUGUCGUUUCCGCCAUUCACUCCAACCCCGUGGCCUUCAUCAAGAGUAUGACGCCCGUCGAACGGCACGCCGAGUUGGUUUAUGCGGAGAGCUUGUUCGAAAAGGCCUUGCUCGGCAUCGUAUACUCUGGAGAUUGGCUGGCGUUCAUCAAGGAAGCUCUCAAUAUGCGAACAACCAUCACGAUAUACCGGCAACUGGGUCAAUAUCUCGAUACCGUCGAUGCUGAAGCUGCGGAACGCGGAGAUGGACCUAUCGACAAGAGCAUUGAUCCCCACUUCCGCUCUGGGGUGUAUCUCGGAGUGGGGUUGUCCAACCUGAUUCUGAGCCUCAUGCCCGGGAAGCUGAUGACGCUCGUCGAACUAUUCGGAUAUCACGGUGACCGAAAGCUGGGACUCGAGAUGUUGGCGAAAGCAGGAGGAUGGACGAAGGAUAGCGACGAGCCUUCAGUUCCAGCUGCUGAAGAAGGUAUCAGAAGAGUCGUAUGCGACAUGGUCCUCAUGAUCUUCCACCUCGUCAUCUCCAGCUUCACCUUCGACGGCGUCGACGUCUCUAUGGCCCGAAAGAUCCUCGACUGGAACCUCAAGCGAUUCCCGAACGGUGUCUUCUUCCUCUUCGGUGCUGGACGUCUCGCUGUUUGUCGCGCCCAACCCGAACGCGCCAUCCACUACUACACGCGUGCCAUGGAGUCUCAAUCCCAAUAUCGCAACCUUCACCAUAUCUCCUACUGGGAGAUGGCGCUGGCGAACAUGAGCUUGUGGGACGUCAAAGCGAGCUUGGAGUGCUGGAGGACGCUGGAGAAGGAGGCGACGUGGAGUAAGGCCAUUUACACAUACGGUCUCGCGAUUUGUAUGUUGGAGGUCGCGGAACAGGAGAAGAACGAGGAUAUGAGGAAGGAGGCGGCCAAGUUGAUGAAGAAGGUCCCUGACCUGAGGCAGAAGAUUGCUGGAAAGUCGAUUCCCCUGGAGAAACUCGUUGCGCGCAAAGCUCGCAAGUUCGAAUCUCAGAAGGGCCGACUCGCGCUCCCCGUCCUCGAACUGACGUACAUCUUCCAAGGCAUCCAGCAUUCACCAGGUCGUAUCAUUGUCUCGAAGAUUCUUCCUGAAACUGAGAGGGUACUGGCCAAACUCGAGGCGUGUGCUGGUAACGAGAAGAAGUACGAGGGCGGGUCGGGUGGUUAUUGGGACGACUACUGUAUCGCCAAGUUCCUUCAGGGCGUUUGUCUCCGAUACGUGGCGUACCCUGACCAGGACGCUGAAAUUGAUCCCAAUGAGAAGCUCGACAUCACGAAGGAGGACGCCGAGAGGAGGGCAGAACAAGCGUUUAGAGCAGUGUUCGAGCAUGGUCCGAAAAUCGAGUUUGACCAUCAUAUCGUCUACCACGCGCACUAUGAGCUUGGAAGAUUACUGGCGUGUCAAGGCAAAGUGGACGAGGCGAGACACGAGUUCGAGCUCGUGCUCUCAGGGAAACAUCUGGAAGUGGGUCCGUCGGGGAAGAAGGGGAAAUACAGCUUGGAGAAUGCAUUACACAUGCGAACACACGCAGCGAAUGAUGCUCUGAGCCGGCGCCGACUGUAA